AUGAAAAUAGAAGUACAUAUAAAGGAUAAAUAAUUCGCUAUUAAUUGCGGGGAUGGAUUGCAAAAAGUGAAAUGGUUAGGAGAUGUGGCUAUAUUUAGACAUAGUCAUUUCUACUCAUAAAUAAAUUCAACAACGAAAGGGAUCAAACUUGAAAAUGGAGAAAUGGUUGAUUUGAAUGCAAUAAUUAGUAGUACUUUGGCAGAGAAUACUCAUGUUUGGGUUGUUUUAAAAGAGGAUCUAGAGGCUGUGGGUAUGGAUGUGAAAUAGUAAUAACAACAACAUAAGAGACCAAUAACUGCCGUGAGUAGAAGAAAGUGA